AUGAGCAAGCGCGAAUUUUUUUCGAGAAUUAUUUGUUACUUUUUGAAAUUGAAAUGCAUAGUGUAAUUAAAUAAGUUGGUUAGUAGUAAGAAUUAAUAUAAGCAAAAGUCUAACAUGGAAGAAAAAAUUGAGCCUACAAUAUGUUUAUAAAAUAGUUACUUGAAUUAAGCCGAUUUGGGUUGUAUGAAUAAGAUUUGCUAAAAGUAGGUAGAUGA